UUUAUAUUCUGUGUGCGUAGUUCGUGUUGAACAAUACUUACAACUCUAUGGUAUUGAAAUGAUCACAAUUCAGAUAUUUUCCACCAGUUCUGAAGUAAUGUUUAUGAGAUUUUUGUAGAUUUUUGUAUCAUGGGUUCUAACCGUCACUGCACAGAUGAAGCAGUUAAUUUUGAACAAAAAGACGAAGGUAUGCGUUAUGCGAUCAACUCUUACAUUGAUCUCCAAAAGGUAGUAGUGCUGAAUGAAGCAGUUGAAGGUUCUGGCGCAAAGAUUUUCAAGAAGUGGGAAGAUCGAUUGGAUAGGACUAUUUAUGUAGAAAGCGACAUUGAUGAGGAGCUACUGUUCAACAUACCAUUCAAAGGACAUGUAAAAAUAACUGGUCUUGUGCUGGCCGGUGACUUAGAUGGUACUCAUCCAUCAUACAUACGGCUCUAUAAGGAUCGACCAUCAAUGUCAUUUGAAGCAAUGGCUUUAGAAGCUGAUCAGGAAUUUUCAUUGAAACAGGACAUCAACGCACAGAAAGAUUAUCCCAUGAAGGCCUCAAAAUUCUCAAAUGUAACGCAUCUCAGCUUGCAUUUCCCAACCAAUUUUGGCGAAAACAAAACUCGGAUUUACUAUAUCGGUUUGCGAGGCGAGUAUAUUGCGGAUAUAAGGCAGCAGAUAUGCAUUACAACAUACGAAGCUAGGCCGAUGCUUAAAGAUCACAAAAGAGAAAUUCCAGAUGUCACACAGAGAGGUAUCAUGUAAUUGAUUUCUCUCUCUCAAAGUAAGCUUCUGCGCAUAUAAUUUGUGGAGUAUUUCUACAUGUGUAAUGUACAUAAUGCAGUGCAAAUGUUAUUACGUUGAGGAUAAAAUUAUCGAGAUAAGACGGCUGUGGAAGUCACGCGUUAAAAUUAUGCGCUACAAGUACCUAGGAUUUUUUGAAAG